CCACACAGCAGCUCCAGCCCAGCUGUCAAUCAUCAGUCAGCAGCAGGGGCUGAUGGGAGUUCUGAGGACCUGUUAGAAACCGCCCGGCUCAGUCUGACCCCGCAGCUCGUCCUGGUUUGGCCUCACUUCUCGUCAGGUUCACCAGAGGAAAACAACAAAAUGUUUUUCCUCCCUGCUGUGGCUCUGUGCUGUGUGAGCUCAGCGCUGGCUGCCAUGACAACAGAGCUCAAACAGGACAGUUUGUCACUGACCAGGAGAGUUGGAGAAAGUGUCUCCUUCAGCUGUGAACGUUUAGACCUGUGUUCUUCAAGUUAUGAUUAUGUGCACUGGUACCAGAAAAAAGACAACGAAACAUUCACAAGGAUUCUGAGGAUUAAUAAGAGUAAUGGUAAAGUGAACAAAGCUCUUUACAAUCAUCCUCAGAAAGAUGAUUUCUCAGCUGUGAUCAAACAGAACGGCGUUGAGCUGCAGAUCCAGAAGGUUAAUUCCUCUCAUUCAGCCACAUACUACUGCUCCUGUUGGUUAACACCCACAGUGAGAAAUGAUCCGAGCAGGCUGAACAAAAACCAACAGAUGAGCAGAAGUCAGAUAAUGUUUGUGACAGGAAGACAGCAGUACACUUCAGAUAACAUGCUGUCGAGCGUGUACCCGACAGCAUCCAGAGGCCGGCUGGAGGAGAAGAGCUCCCUGCUGUGUUUGGCCUCUGCCAUGUUUCCUCCUGUGGUCAGAAUCUCCUGGAGACGACAAACGGAGAGCGGAUGUUUAGAGGAGCUGCCCUCUGCUGACGGACAGCAGCUGGAGCUCAGAGAGUCUGGAUGUACUGCCUCCGUCUUACAGAUCUAUCAGACAAAGUUCAGCUAUCAGUAA